GCGUCGCCAUGGCGCCGCGCAGCUGUCCCUGCGGCGGGCCCUCAGUUGAAAGCACAGAACCUGGCCGUGGGCACACGGCACGGUUGGAGUGGAGCGAUGGGGGCGUCAAAGGCCGCAACACGGACUUCGCCUCAAUCGCAGCCCGAGUCCACAGCGCGACCGCGGCGCACCUUCCACAACACUCUCCUCUUCUACUGGAGGAAGCCGGAGAGCCGCCAUGGACAACGCAAGCCGGGCGCGGGCCGCGGAACUAGGCCCAGGGGCGCGGCCAGGACCCGGGCCUCCGGCCCCGCCUCCGGCCCCUCCUCCGCCCCCGCUCGCGCGUCUGACGGGUCCUUGGCCGGGACCCCAGCCUCUGGCUCUGCCUCCUCCCGGGUGCGGACCGCGACUCUCAGCCCCGCCUCCUCGACAGACCCAGCUCCCGCCCCGGACUCCGCCUCCGAGCCCGCCCCCUGUCCCAGCUCGGGCCCGGCCUCCGUGCCAGAGCCCGCGGUGCGCACGCCCGGUUCCUAUGGCCGUGCUCUGGCGGCGGCGCGCGUGCUGGCCUGGAGGCCGACUUGGAGGCCCAUCUGGAGGCCGAGCUGGCCCGGCAGACAUCGCGCGGGCAACAUGGCGGCCUCCAGCGAGCGGGGGCGCUUCGGCGGCGGCAACUUCUUCUCCUUUCUGCCCGGCGGCGCGCGGUCUGAGGCGAUGGAGGACCUGGUGACUGACGCGCGCGGCCGGGGCGUGGGACGGAAAGAUGCUACCGCCUCCGCUUCGACGCUGACCCAGGCGCCGACUCCCGACCCUGAAGUUGCUAAUGACACUUCCCGGAGGCGGCCCUGCCGGGCCUGUGUGGACUUCAAGACGUGGAUGCGUACGCAGCAGAAGCGGGACGGCAAGUUUAGAGAAGAUUGUCCUCAGGAUCGCGAGGAACUGGGCCGCAACAGCUGGUCUGUUCUUCACACCCUGGCUGCCUACUACCCUGAUCUGCCCACCCCAGAACAGCAGCAAGACAUGGCCCAGUUCAUACAUUUAUUUUCCAAGUUUUAUCCGUGUGAGGAGUGUGCAGAAGACAUAAGGAACAGGAUAUGCAGGAACCAACCAGACACGAGCACACGGACAUGUUUAACCCAGUGGCUGUGCCGCCUGCACAACGAGGUGAACCGCAAGCUAGGCAAGCCAGACUUCGACUGCUCCAAAGUGGAUGAGCGCUGGCGUGAUGGCUGGAAGGACGGCUCCUGUGACUAGAGGGUGGCCAGCUGGAGUCCAUGGGGCAGCCAGCCAGGGCCUAAGGGUGACCUGACUUGAGAGGGGCAGGAUACUUAUUAAAGUGCAGCAGAGCCAGAGCCUGUUGUGUUUAAGUUGGGUGAUCCUCAGGUUUGGAGUUGAAGUGGAGGUGUCUUCUGCAAGCACCCGUAUGGCUGCCACCUCAGCUGAGGCCCCAUGGGGCUGCAGGCAAAAGAGUAGGAAUAACCUAGGCUGUCCCUUUCAUUCAGGAUGUGGCCUCCUGCCCACCCCACUCCUGGUGCCCAUUUCCCCGCACAAGAAAAUGACAAGUGUGGCUGGGCUUCCCUGUCCCACACCCCUCAAAGCCAGGCCAUUGUGUCCUCACUGUUAGCUAGGGACAGCUGCAGUGAUUAUAGCUCCAAAAGCUGUAUGCUGUUUGUACUUGAGGAAAGAGGCCUGGAGGCCAAGUGCUCCACCCCCUGCUCAAUUCCUUCAGCGGGGAGAAACAGAUAGGGUUCUUCACUGCGGGUUCACCAACCUGUCCAGCACAUGGCUUUCCAUAGCUGUACCAGGCCUGUCAGAGGCUUCCUAGGGCCAGCUUCCUUGGAGCUUGAGACCAAAAUAAAAUGCCAGAGAAGUAACUGAG